AUGGCAGCCUCCUCCUCGUCCUCCUCAGCCGGCGGAGUCAGCGGCAGCUCCGUCACAGGGUCGGGGUUCAGCGUUUCGGACCUGGCACCGCCCCGGAAAGCCCUCUUCACUUAUCCCAAAGGAGCUGGRGAGAUGCUGGAAGAUGGCUCUGAGAGGUUCCUCUGCGAGUCUGUGUUCAGCUUUCAGGUUGCAUCAACAUUAAAGCAAGUGAAGCACGAUCAACAAGUCGCAAGGAUGGAAAAACUUGCCAGUCUGGUGGAAGAGCUGGAGGCAGAUGAGUGGAGGUACAAGCCAAUAGAGCAGCUCCUGGGAUUCACUCCCUCUUCGGGCUGAGCGUGUCUGGAUUGCUUCUGUCAGGGAGCAGAAGAAAAACAUUCCCUGGCCUGGCUUCAAAACACCCCCCAUUUAUCAGAUGCUGACAGCUGCAUCGGCAGGAUGGGGCUUUGGGUUUUUUUGAGAGYGGGGAUCGCCCAUAAAGUUGCCAAUGAAAAGAAAUGACGAGAUUCUGUAGGUCCUUACAGGCUGGCAGGGCUUGGUUUCUGUAACUUAGAAGGCAGGAUCAGCUGUGCAGCCCUCGGAGAAUCUCUGUAUUUACAGAGGAGGGCAGGMGGACAGUGUGGCUGAGGGGAGGGUGACCUGGUAACUCAGCCUGGGCUCCUGCUGGAGCGUGGCUGGAGCCCUGGGCCUGCAGGGAAACCCUCUGGAGCAAAUGCCAGGAACACUCCUCAGCCCCAGCCAUCAUCUGGGAGAUGGGCAUGAACUGUCCUGAGGUCAGGUGAGGGGCCAGGGGGUGUCACCUCCUCGGGUAUAGCUCACGCCGCUCCCUCUCCAUUGCCAUUUCUCUGGCAGAACACUGCUCCAUCUUUAAUACCCCGAAACUUUAUCCUCUUUGUUCUGUAAUGGAUUUCUCUAUGACAAUAAAAUAAUUCUGUCUUUGAAACUCUUUAUCUG